CGUUAUCUUCCCCAAAGGGGGGAAAAAUCCAAUCUAUCCAAAUACAAACUGACUAAUCAAUCAGCCCAUCAGUUUGUGGUGCAGCUUAAGGGUAAGGAGACCAGGGCGGAGCCGGAGGUUUCCAGCGUCAGCAAGGCCUCGGGGGGCAGCAGCGAGCACAUCAACAAGCUGCCACCGCCGGUGCCGGUGCAGGAGGAGGAGGAGGCGCCGGAAUGGCUGGACGUGCUGCUGCGGACGAAAUUCUGGGGGCAGUGCAAGCAGCACUGGGACGCGAGCCGCGCGGAGGUUUGCAUCUUCUGCCUCCGCUGCCGCCAGGUGCUCUGCCCGCGCUGCAGCCAUGACGAGCCCGGCCACCGGCUGCUCAAGGUCCGCCGCUACAUGUACCGCUCCGUCGUUCUCGCCAGGGACUUGCAGGGCCUCAACGUUGACGUGUCCAGGGUACAGACAUACAUUGUCAAUGGCCAAAAGGGCGUGCACCUGAGGCCCAUGAGGAGGUCCCCGCAAUUCAAGCCUCACGUAGAGACACCUCGCUGCUUAUCUUGCUUCUGCUGGCUCCGCAGUGCUCCCAACAUAUUUUGUUCUCUCAGCUGCAAGGUUGGUGUAGAUAUAUCUCAGGAUGAUUUCUCAGGACCUGAAGCUGAGCGUAGGCAUAAGCAGACUCUGGGAAUUGUGGUGGAGUCAUCUCCUCAACAGAGCAUCCCACAACCAUUUGAUGCCUCACCUGUGAGAAAUGAAGAUGCCACCAUGGUUGAAGCUGAGUGUGGUCAAGUUCAGACGAAUGCGACGGAGUCGGAGUCGUCAGCGGUAGGAGAUGCAGAUGAGGUUAUACCUAAAGUUACUAAGUUCAAUGUUGAUAUCCACUCUUUGAGGAGGCGAGUUCGCAAGCAGGCGGCACCACAGAGGGCCCCCUUCUUCUGAAUUUUUGAUAUCUCGAGGAAGGUUGUGCCAUGGUUAAGUUCGAAAGUAGUAAUAAAAUCUACUAGCUAUGACAGCUAGGUGAGACAUUUCUGCUGCGACAUGUUUUUUUCAGGGUGAACCUGCUUUGCUGCACGCUGUGAUUUUUUUUUCAUUAGCUACUGGUUUGAAUGAUGUUUUUGUAGUACCCAUUUGGAGGUGCUAAGCUCUGUAAUAAUACUGUAGGAUCGAAUCACAAGAACUAAGCCAACCAGAGAAGGGUGAAUGGUUGGUAUACCC